UGAAACUCCUCUCUUGUCAUUCGUUUACAUCGUUCCAAAGUCACAUUCACUUCUUUUAUACCCACACUCUUUGACUCUUAGUGCGAUGAUAUAGUGAGUUGGUCUUUUUUAUCAGCUGAAGUCAAAGUUUGGAGAAGUCAUCUAUAAAAUAGUUUCUGACCAACGAAUUGUCAUCAGUAAACCUCAACAAUCUUUCGAAGCAACAGCAUAACUUUCCCAAGCAAAAACAUGAAGAUCUUUCUGAGCGUGUUCUUGGCAACCGUAGCCAUGGUCUCUUCCCAAGGAUACAACUACCAGCAAUUACCACAGCAACAAGCAGUGCAAUAUCAGCAACCUAGCCAAUAUUAUGGACAACAACCUUUGGUCAUGCAAAUUACUCCAUCCAUUCAACUGCCAUCCAAUUCCUUGAACACCCCACCAGUAUCUGUACCAGCCUUUUUGGUACAGCCUCAGAUUAAGACCCAACAACCUUAUCGCAGUCCACGUCCCAGCGUGCCCCGUUUCAAGAAGCCAGUCGUUUCAAAGAGCUUCUUUAUCCACUCAGCUCCAGAAGAAACCGAAGAAGAACUUCAAGGUGAAUUAUCCCAGCUGACUCAGCAACCACGCAAACAUUACAACGUCUUGUUCAUUAAGUCACCAUCGCAGACAAAUAAGGCUGCCGCCUUGAACUUUGCCAACUCCCUGAAUGAAGAAAAGACUGUUGUCUAUGUUUUGUCCAAAAAGACUACUGCUGCUGAUUUACAAGAUGCUGUUCAAAAUGCUCCUCAAAAGACUAUCAAACCUGAGGUAUUCUUCAUCAAAUAUCGUACUCCAGAAGAAGCUCUCAAUGCUCAAAGGCAAAUUCAAUCGCAAUACGAUACUUUGGGAGGAUCAUCAACCAUUUCCGAUGAAGGAUUUGCUCAAGUCACCUCAGUUAUUGGCUCAUUGGACCCUCAAGUUCAAGAAGAAGAAAUCGCUCCAAGUCAAAACUACGAAGAAGUGUCUGACAAUUCAGUGUCGAAUAAUAAUGGCUACCUGCCACCACAGUAUUAGAUUGCAUCU